CGCUGCUGUUGUCUCGAUUCGUCAGUGCGAGUGCUUUAUGACCGUUUUAGGGCGGAAAGCUCCCGUCGUAUUCAAGAGGCGGGUCUACGGCUCGGUUCUAGAUUAUGAUUGGACUCGUUUCUCUCUAGACCUGUCUAAAACCCGUCUGCUCGUACUUGGUUGGUCCGCUAGCAGGAAGUCCUUCUCCGUGGCUGAAGCCGCCGAGUUGCCCUCAGUGCUCUCUGUCUAGUUUAUUCUCACUGAGGAGUGUGUGUUGCUCCACUGUGAGAGCAAUGCAAUGAUAAAAGCCGCAUAUGCGGUACGCUACACACCUAUCAGGCAGGAAAAUAACCCAAGAAACACCCUCAUCCCGGUUCCCCUCACGCCGCAGCCUUAUCCACACCUCAAAGCGGAACCUGAAGUGCCAGAAGUACCAUGUCCAGGCCAACGGGGGGCGGUGCCAACGAUGUCACCCGCUUCCUGUCAUCGGGCACAGCGCCAGGGUCUCCCAACUCCAACAACUCUAUGUUCUCUGCUGCCAGCCAGGCUGACUGGGCAGCUAAGAGGCUGGUGUGGGUGCCGUCAGAGAAACAAGGCUUCGAGUCUGCCAGCAUCCGAGAGGAGCGCGGCGAUGAGGUGGAGGUGGAGCUGACAGACAGCCAGCGGCGGGUGACCUUGUCCAGGGAGGAGGUCCAGCGUAUGAACCCUCCGCGCUUCAGCAAAGUGGAGGACAUGGCCGACCUCACCUGCCUCAAUGAAGCGUCGGUGCUGCACAACCUGAGAGAGAGAUACUACUCUGGCCUGAUCUAUACAUAUUCAGGGCUUUUCUGUGUGGUGGUGAACCCAUACAAGAACCUGCCAAUCUACACAGAGUCCAUUGUGGAAAUGUACCGAGGCAAGAAACGCCACGAGAUGCCCCCUCACAUCUACGCCAUAUCAGAGGCUGCUUAUCGCAGCAUGCUGCAAGACAGAGAAGAUCAGUCAAUCCUCUGCACAGGAGAGUCCGGAGCUGGGAAAACGGAGAACACUAAGAAAGUCAUCCAGUAUCUGGCUCAUGUUGCCUCCUCCCAUAAAGGUGGCACUCUGGGUAGAAAAAAGGAAGCUGUGCAGAUGGACGGCUCUAGGUCCUUAACAAGAGGCAGCACUAUAGUGAACAGGAGUAUGCAAUAUGGUGAGCUGGAGAGACAGCUGCUGCAGGCCAACCCUAUACUGGAGGCCUUCGGCAACGCAAAGACUGUCAAGAACGAUAACUCCUCUAGAUUUGGUAAAUUCAUUCGUAUCAAUUUUGACGUGGCGGGAUACAUUGUUGGUGCCAACAUUGAAACCUACCUCCUUGAAAAGUCCCGGGCCACCCGUCAGGCCAAGGAUGAGAGGACUUUCCACAUCUUUUACCAGUUGUUAUGUGGAGCGUCAGAGGAAACUCGAGCGGACUUGCUCUUAGGAACUGCUGAUCAGUAUCGCUUUCUCAGUGGAGGCUCGAUACCUGUUCCUGGUCAGAGCGAUUCAGAGAAUUUCACCCAGACUAUGGACUCCAUGGCUAUUAUGGGCUUCACCCCUGAGGAGUCAAUGUCCAUGCUGAAGGUGAUCUCUGCUGUGCUCCAGUUCGGGAAUAUAUCCUUUAUGAAGGAGAAGAACCAUGACCAGGCGUCCAUGCCUGAUAACACAGCUGCUCAGAAACUCUGCCAUCUGCUGGGCAUCAAUGUGCUGGAGUUCACUCGGGCCAUCCUCACCCCGAGGAUCAAAGUAGGCCGAGAGUAUGUGCAGAAAGCCCAGACUAAAGAACAAGCUGACUUUGCUGUGGAGGCCCUGGCAAAGGCAACAUACGAGCGUCUGUUCAGAUGGCUGGUCCACAGGAUCAACAGAGCUCUGGAUCGCAGACAGAGACAGGGAGCCUCCUUCAUAGGCAUCCUUGAUAUCGCUGGAUUUGAGAUCUUCCAGCUCAACUCCUUUGAGCAGCUGUGCAUCAACUACACCAACGAAAAGCUGCAGCAGCUCUUCAACCACACCAUGUUCAUCCUGGAGCAGGAGGAGUACCAGCGAGAGGGCAUCGAGUGGAACUUUAUUGACUUUGGCCUGGACUUACAGCCUUGCAUCGACCUCAUCGAGAGACCAGCCCACCCACCUGGUGUUCUGGCCCUUCUUGAUGAAGAGUGCUGGUUCCCUCGGGCCACAGAUCGCUCAUUUGUGGAGAAGCUGUCUGCUGAGCAAGGCAGCCAUCCAAAAUUCUUCAAAUCAAAGCAGCCACGUGGGGAAGCUGACUUCUCCAUUAUUCACUACGCUGGAAAGGUGGACUACAAGGCAAAUGACUGGUUAGUGAAGAACAUGGAUCCCCUGAACGACAAUGUGGCGUCUCUUCUCCACCAGUCGUCUGAUCAUUUUGUCUCAGAGCUUUGGAAAGAGGACAUUCAAACUCUUCCUCGUGUGUACUUCUUUGACUCCUAUGCCACACUGCAGACUAAUGGCGCAGACAUGGACAGGAUUGUGGGUCUGGACCAGGUGUCGUCAGGAGAGAGCAGCGCGCCGGUCACAUUCGGAGCAGCAGGACUGAAGACGAAGAAAGGAAUGUUUAGGACUGUUGGGCAGCUUUACAAGGAGUCUCUUACCAAGCUGAUGGCCACACUGAGGAACACCAACCCUAACUUUCUCCGCUGCAUUAUCCCCAACCAUGAGAAGAGGGCCGGUAAGCUUUCCCCUCACCUGGUUUUAGACCAGCUGAGAUGUAAUGGUGUUUUGGAGGGCAUCCGUAUAUGCAGACAAGGAUUCCCUAACCGCAUCCCGUUCCAAGAGUUCAGACAGAGAUAUGAGAUCCUAACCCCUAAUGCCAUUCCUCGCACCUUCAUGGAUGGCAAACAGGCAUCAGAACUCAUGAUCAGUGCUUUAGAGCUGGAUAAAAACCUGUUCAGGGUGGGUCAGAGUAAAGUCUUCUUCAGAGCUGGAGUCCUAGCUCACCUGGAAGAAGAAAGAGACCUAAAGAUAACUGAUACCAUCAUACGCUUCCAGAGCGCUGCCAGAGGCUUUCUCUCACGCAAAGCCUUUUUGAAGAAGCAACAGCAGCUUAGUGCUCUGAGGGUGAUGCAGAGGAACUGUGCUGCUUACCUCAAACUCAGGAACUGGCAGUGGUGGCGACUAUUUACUAAGGUGAAACCCUUGCUGCAGGUGACACGACAGGAUGAAGAGAUCCAAACCCGGGAAGCAGCGCUACAAAAAGCCAAAGAACAACUAACCCGAGCGGAGCAGGACUACACAGAGCUGGACAGGAAGCACGUUCAGCUGAUAGAGGAAAAGGCAGUGCUGGCUGACCAGCUGCAGGCAGAGGCAGAGCUGUUUGCAGAGGCGGAGGAGAUGAGGGCCAGGUUAGCCAGUCGGAAACAGGAGCUGGAGGAGGUUCUGGGCGAGCUGGAGACUCGACUGGAGGAAGAGGAGGAGAGGGGUGUGCAACUCGCCAAUGAGAAGAAGAAAAUGCAGCAGAAUAUACAGGACCUAGAGGAGCAGUUAGAGGAGGAGGAAAGCGGCAGACAACGCCUCCUGCUGGAGAAGGUUACCCUGGAGACCAAAGUAAAGAGUCUGGAGACAGACCUGGUCACUGCAGUAGAGCAAAGAGACCGACUCGGCAAGGAAAAGAAACAGCUGGAGGAGCGUCUGAAUGAGGUCACCGACCAGCUCACCGAAGAAGAGGAAAAGACAAAAAGUUUGAACAAGCUCAAGAACAAACAGGAAGCUGUCAUCGCUGACUUGGAGGAGCGCCUAAAGCGUGAAGAGCAGGGUCGCUUAGAACAGGAGAAGUUUAAGAGGAGGAUGGAGAGUGAAGCUAUGGAGGCCCAGGAGCAGCUGUCAGACCUGGGAAUGCUGUCCUCUGAGCUGAGAGGCAGUCUGGCUCAAAAGGAAAAAGAAAUCACCUCCCUGCAGGGCCGGUUGGAGGAAGAAGGUGCACGCCGUGCUGAAGCUCAGAGGUCUCUAAGGGAGGCCUUGUCCCAAGUGUCAGAGCUGAAGGAGGAAGUAGAGAAUGAACGAGGGAUGCGGGAAAGAGCAGAGAAACAACGGCGAGACCUGAGUGAGGAGCUGGAGGCUUUGAGAACUGAGCUAGAGGACACUCUGGACAGCACAGCUGCACAACAGGAGCUCAGGUCUCGACGGGAAGCAGAGUUAAGUGAGCUCCAACGAUGUGUUGAAGAGGAGACUCGCCGGCACGAGACCCAGCUUUCAGAAGUCAGAGUCAAACACAGCGCUGCCUUAGACAGCCUGCAGGAGCAGCUGGACAACAGCAAGAGAGCACGACAGUCCCUUGAUAAAGCCAAGGCAACGCUGGAGGAGGAGAGGCAGAAUUUGACCUCUGAGCUCAAAAGCCUCCAAGCAAGUCGCUCAGAGAGCGAGAGGGGUCGUAAGAGGGCGGAUAACCAGCUACAGGAACUGAGCGCCCGUCUGACUCAGGCUGACAGAGAGAGGGAGGACAGGGAGGAGCGAAUCCACAAGCUGCAGUGUGAGAUUGAGUCCCUCUCCGGCAAUCUGUCCUCCUCUGACUCCAAGUCUCUUCGGCUCGCUAAAGAAAUGAGCAGCCUGGAGAGCCAGCUGCAUGAUGCAAGGGAACUGCUACAGGACGAAAGUCGCCAGAAGAUGGCCCUUGCCUCAAGGGUGCGAGCACUGGAGGAGGAGAAGAAUGGACUGAUGGAACGACUGGAGGAGGAGGAGGAAAGAGGCAAAGAGCUGAGCCGACAGAUCCAAACUCACAGCCAGCAGCUGACAGAGCUACGUAAGCAGUCAGAGGAGGUGAACAGUGCCGUGGAAGCUGGCGAUGAGAUACGCAGGAAGCUCCAGAGAGAGCUGGACAGUGCCAUUCAAAGAGAGCGACAGAAGGAGGAGGAGAAAGAAAGAGUGGAGAGGCAGAGGGAGCGACUGAGGGAGGAAAUAGAGGACAUGACCAUUGCCCUGCAGAGAGAGAGGCAGAACUGCACGGCCCUCGAAAAAAGGCAAAAGAAAUUUGACCAGUGCCUGGCAGAGGAGAAGGCGGUGAGUGCUCGGCUUGCAGAAGAGAGGGACAGAGCAGAAGCAGACAGCAGAGAGAAGGAAACAAGAUGUCUAGCACUGUCCCGAGCCCUGCAGGAGGCUCAGGACCAAAAAGAAGAGCUAGAGAGAGCCAACAAGCAGCUCCGUCUGGAAAUGGAGCAGCUGGUGAACCAGCAGGACGAUGUGGGCAAAAAUGUCCAUGAGCUGGAGCGCACACGGAGGACCUUGGAAACUGAAGCCCAGAACCUGCGCAUUCAGACGCAGGAGCUGGAGGAGGAGCUGUCAGAGGCAGAGAACUCAAGACUGAGGCUGGAGGUCACCCUGCAGGCGCUUAAGGCUCAGUUUGAAAGGGAGAUCAGCACCAACGAGGAAAAGGGAGAGGAGAAGAGAAGGGCCCUGAGCAAACAGGUGAGGGAGUUAGAGAUCCAGCUGGAGGAGGAGAGGAGUCAGCGGUCUCAGUCUGUGUCAUCCAAGAAGCAGCUGGAAGCAGAACUGCAGGAAGCUGAGGCCCAGGUGGAGACAGCCAACCGUGGCAAAGAGGAGGCGAUGAAGCAGCUUCGAAGGCUGCAGGGUCAAAUGAAGGAGGUUCUGCGUGAGCUAGAUGAGGCAAAGGUGACUCGAGAUGACGUCAUCUCCCAAUCAAAAGACAGUGAAAAGAAAAUCCAAACACUGGAAGCAGAGGUCCUGCAUCUUACAGAGGAGCUGGCUGUAUCAGAGAGGCAGAAGCGACAGGCCCAGCAGGAGAGAGACGAGAUAGCAGACGAGAUGGUCAGCAGCAGUUCUGGAAAGAAUGUGCUGAGCGAAGAGAAGCGGAGGUUGGACGCACGAGUCAAUCAGCUGGAAGAAGAGCUGGAAGAAGAGCAGACUAACAAUGAACUGUUGACAGAAAGACUACGGAAGACAGCCCUACAGGUGGAGACUCUGACUGUGCAGCUGCAGGGAGAGAGGACUCUGGCCCAGAAAGCAGAGGCGGCUCGAGAGCAGCUGGAGAAGCAGAACAAGGAGCUGAAGGCCCGGCUGGGGGAGAUGGAGGGGGCAGUAAGGGGCAAACAUAGGAUGAGUGUCGCCGCCCUGGAGGCAAAAAUUGAGACGAUGGAGGAGCAGGUGGAACAAGAGAGACAGGAGCGAGCAAUUGCCAACAAACUGAUGCGGAAGACGGAAAAGAAACUGAAGGAGGUGAUGAUGCAGGCAGAAGAUGAGAGGAGGCAUGCGGACCAGUACAGAGAGCAGCUGGAUAAGUCGAUGGUCCGACUGAAGCAGCUGAAGAGGCAGCUGGAGGAGGUGGAGGAGGAGAACUCUCGCUCCAGUGCCCAGAAGAGGAAGCUGCAGAGGGAGCUGGAGGAACUCACUGACAGCAGCCAGACCAUGAACCGCGAGAUAUCCUCCCUCCGCAACCAGCUCAGCUUCCCCGAAUGGAGACCAGAUAUACGUGCUGCGCUGCCUCUGUCGAUGCGUGGACGCAGAGCAUUGGUUGAUGACCUUUCAUUAGAGAACUCCGAUUCAGAAGAGCCUCCUGCCUCACCCACCCCCUCCUCUGGGGUCCCAGGGACCCCGACUCCAUCCUCAGAACACAGCCUGGACCCUCCGCCGCCCUACAGUGUCAACAACGCAGAGUGACACGCACACAUCUGCUUAGCUACACAAACAGCGCACACACACACAAGCAUCAGCCUCAGAGCCUCGACUGCUCGCGGUGAUACAGAGGCAGGCACACAGCACAUAGCUACACUAGUUUUAAAUUAAAUGCCAUGUAUGAUAAAUAUCAGGCAGUUAGUUGUAAAGCAUCCUCCCUGAUAUAGCGAUGCUCUUUAAGAUUUUGCCUCAUUUUUUUCUCAACAAGUACAGAAAAUGUGUUUUAAAAAAAAAGAAAUUUUACAAAGCGUUAACUGGAAUUGAUUUUAUUUUAUAAAACAACAAAGACUUGAAGUUUCUACAUUACCACCUCUGUAAUGCACUUCUCAUAAACUAAACUACAUCUGCUCACUAAGCAGUAAAGAACUUUUACAUUUGGAUUUAUUUACAAACAUUUGAUGUGGAUUGAAUACACAGAUCAGGGCUGCUGGAAGAUGACAAUCUGUAUUCAUGUUACACGAGCAGUCAAGUACACACAUGGAGCAGAGAAUUCGCCUUCGAUAUGAGUGUGAGUUAACUUUUUAAACUUGGAAGAAUUUGGCAAAAAGAAAGAAAAUUGUCAUCUAAACACAGUGCUGCACAUUUUCUAAGUUGGCCUAACAGAUAAUAAUAAGAAACCGGGAUGCAUUACAUCGUUUUCAUAUCACCUGUCACAAUUACAGUGACACAAAGAGCUGAAAGCAGCCGACAUGCAGACAGACUCGCUGCUUUAGACGAUAAACUCUUUUCUAUAGAUUAGAAACAGUACGUUGUUAGACCACGCAGUAGAUAGUAUUAGAUAGUUUCUUUAACUUAAAGUCUUAACAUAUUGCAUCAGAAAUUUUGAAUUUGUAUAAUUUAUAUCAAAUACCAACUUAAGUUAUUGAUCACUGCUUGUUUUCUGACUUGUGUGUGUGUGUG